CCGCAACAGCAGCUGCUUAUAAUUAGUUGGGUGUGUUAAAUAGCUCAGUACUUUUUAAGCAAGUACUUAUCAGAAUCUCGUUAAUAGGAAAAUAUAAGAUUCCGAUAGGAAUUUAUUGUUAAACUAAAAUGGGGCUAAAAGGUUGUGAAAUUCAAUUGGAUAAUCCGUGGAAUACAUAUUACGCCGGUCAAACGAUUAACGGACAGGUGAAAUUGACUUUUGAUUCCACGAAAAAAGUGCGAGGUAUGUUCUGAGACUGAGCUUCCAGCCGGCACACACACUUAUCCAUUCACAUGUGCAUUGCCGCCCACACUACCCUCCUCAUUCGAGGGUGAAUUCGGUCAUGUGCGUUAUACUAUCAAAGUAACCUUGGAUCGCCCGUGGAAAUUCGAUCAGGAUAUGAAAAUGGCAUUCACGGUUAUUUCACCGGUCGAUCUCAAUGUAAAUCCACGUGUAAAGGAACCCUAUAAGCUCGAAUUGGAAAAAAGCUUUUGCUGCUUUUGUUGUCGCUCAGGUCCAUUGUCAGUUGUUACUACCGUACCGGUGACUGGGUACGUUUCUGGCCAAACAAUACCAAUUACUUGUGAAUGCGACAAUGCUAGUAAUGUUGGCAUAACAUCGGUAAAGUUUAUUUUACGCAAACGUGUCACGUUCCAAGUUAAUCAGCCGCGUGCCGAUAAAAAACAAAGCAAAAUUACUAUUGCCGAAUUGGGUAUUGGCCCUGUUGCGGGUGGUGAGACGCGCACUUUUACACAGCAAUUGGAAAUACCAGCACUGCCACCAACAAAUUUGCUCAAUUGCGGUAUUAUUUCGUUGGAUUAUGAUUUGCAUAUUGAAUGUGAAGUAAGCGGUCCACAUCGUAAUUUAUCUGGUAAUAUACCCAUCAUUUUGGGUACAAUUCCAUUAGCAUCGUUCAAGCCACCAGCACCAUAUACGGAUGUGCCAGCACAAAUACCACCACAGCAGCAAGAUCAAGAUCCAUCACUGGCACCUACGCAACCGGUUAGUCCAGCAAGUCCCCCAAGUGAUGGUGCAGGUGGGGCGUUGGGUUGGAAUGUAGCAGAUAGUGCUGGUGGGCAACUAUAUCCGAAUAUACCUCCACCGCAAUUUGUGGAGACACAGUUUCGAGCGCCAAAAAUAACAGGCAACGAGGAUUCAGAACAUACAACAGUUGUGGGUGAUGCUAGCUUUGCGCCACGCUAUCCAACUUUCCAAUUUAAUAAUGCAACUGCUCCGCCACUUCAUUAAACCAAGGAAAAUUUAAGUCAAUUGGCGUCUAGAAAGACAGCGUCGGAAAGACAUCACAUGCAUAUACAUAAAUACAUAAAUACAUAUAUACAAAUGUUUUUGUUCGACAGCUACUAUGCUUUGUUGCAGUCUAAAUAUCGCACAAAUCUAAAAAAAUAAAAUAAAAAUAUUUUCACUGACUUGCUUAAA